AUGUCGGUGCCGUUGCCCAUGGUGGCGGCCGGGGCUGCCACAAGUCCAACCACAACCCCUGCGGCGACGGAGUCGAGGACCUCGACGAAGACGACGAUGACGAUGACGACAACAACGACGAAGGCGACAAAGGCGACGAAGGCGCUGCGAGGGAGCGUUAGGUCCCACGAGACGCGCGCUCGGCUGAAGAUUUCCUGGUCUCGAGAGCUCAGAAUUGCCGUCGAAGUCGCGACUAACGAGAGAAACUCGGCCAUUGCCGACUCAGAUGAGGAAUCAGAUAUUGAGGCCCUCUCCCUGGUUUUGCUUCAACGCCCCCGGCUCCUAUCCACCAUCGCCACCGGCACGCGGCGCAGCCUGGCCGACACCGCGAGGGCAGAACUGCCUUCCUGGUGGUGGCUUCUGGGACUGUACUACUUCAUCUGGAUGGGCACGCACCGAACAUACUGA